UUGAACCUCUCUGUUUCCUGCCCUUUCAUCCCGACCACGACCACGAUCUCUCACUUAGCAGCAGAGCAGUUUAUUCUAAACAAGUGGAACCACAAAGAUGUUCAGACUCUUUGGUCUUCUCGUUUUCAUUAACACUUCACUGGCUCUGGACGUUCUUCAGCCCAGUCUCCUGACGAGGGUUCAGCUUGGAGACAGUGUUACCCUGACAUGCUUCUACCCAGAAGAUGUUUCUUAUGUCGCUUGGUUUAAGCAGGCUGUUGGUCAGAAGCCCCAGCUCAUGGCGAAAAGAGAUGGCUACUUAUCUGGUGAAUUUUACAGUGAAUUUAAAAACAUAAAACGUUACUCCUUACAGAAUGCAAAGGGGAGUUUUAACCUCACUAUUUCCAACAUGGAGCCAUCAGAUUCUGCAGUGUAUUAUUGCAUUGCCUGGUUCUACCGUGAUAUCUCAUUUGGAAAUGGAACCUUUGUCAUAAUCACAGGUAAAGACUCCAACAGCAGGACUGUGGUACAGCAGCCUGUGCCUGACACAGUGCAGCCUGGAGACUCUGUGAGCCUGCGGUGUACAAUAGAGACUGGGAGCUGUGCAGGAGAACACAGUGUUUACUGGUUCAGACAUGGAUCAGGAGAAUCCCUUCCAGGAGUCAUUUACAGCCAUAGGAACAGGAGUGAUGAGUGUGAGAAGAGCCCUGAGGCUGGAUCUCCUACACGGAGCUGCGUCUACAGCCUCCCCAAGGGGAACCUCAGCCUCUCUGAUGCUGGGACUUACUACUGCGCUGUGGCCAUGUGUGGGGAGAUGCUGUUUGGCAAUGGGACCAAGCUGGAUAUAGAUGGCUGGUACAAGCUGCUGGAUCCUCUUCACUCUGGCUUGCUGAUAGUUUUAUCUUGCAGCAUUAUUCUGAACGUUGCUCUCAUUUGUAUAACAUGUAAACUGACCUGUACACACUGUGCAGAUGAAAAGAACAGUGAUAUAUCAAAAGCGGAAUGGUCACGCGAGCAGUGCCAUGACGAGGACACACUGAAUUACGCUGCCCUGAACCUUAAGAAGCCAAAACCCAGGAGACAGAAGAAAGACGGGAAUAAUGACACUCUGUAUUCUGACCUCCGCUACAGAGAUUAUGAAUAAAGAUGCUUCUCAUUCAUGUCAGUCACACAGAGUGUUCAGGGUGUAGCUUUAAUAAUGUUCAGAGGAGGGCAGGGGAGCCAGUGCUUCUGAGACUGAAUCACGGGAUUUUACGGAGCACCGGUGCUGAGUUUGGUGUCAGUGUGUUUGGGGCGCAUUUUUACUGGAAGUUCAAAUGUUCAGGCCAGACUGGGGGCUGAGAGAGGAUGAGAGGGGAGCCACAGAGAUUAUAUAUUCAUGGCAUGGGGGGGAAUAAGUGGCUUUAAUGUUGUGGAAAGGUUGAGUUGCUUCAAUCUGUUCUUUGAUGUCACAUGCUUACUUUUCUCCCUUGUAUACAUGUACCAUGGUGAAUAGUUUGGGGCAAACACACGGGGAAAAAUCGAUGAUAUUAAACAGAUGAAAGAAAUUGAAUGAAAAUUUUAAGUGUUAUUAAAUUACAUUUUUCGUUUAAAAUAAAUGGGGUGACAUGGUGGUGCAGUGGUUAGCACUGUUGCCUCGCACCUCUGGGACUCAGGUUCGAGUCUCCACCUGGGUUACAUAUGUGUGGAGUUUGCAUGUUCUCCCCAUGUCGUCGUGGGGUUUCCUCCGGGUACUCCGGUUUCCCCCCACAGUCCAAAAACAUGCUGAGGCUAACUGGAGUUACCGAAUUGCCCAUAGGUGUGCAUGUGAGAGUGAAUGGUGUGUGAGUGUUCCCUGCGAUGGGCUGGCCCCCCGUCCUGGGUUGUUCCCUGCCUCGUGCCCAUUGCUUCCAGGAUAGGCUCCGGACCCCCCCUGAUCCAGUAGGAUAAGCGGUUUAGAAAAUGUUAUGGAUGGAUUUUAAAUAAAUGUGUACUGUACAUAUUUUUGGAGUAUAUACCUGUAUAUGUACCUGUGUCAUUAAUAAUGAUGUGGAUAAUAAAGAAAGAGGAGUUUA